AUGUCGGAGGCCCAGGAUCGGAGGCAGGUGCAAAGAGUGGCCAAGAGCUGUACUGAGUGCAGACGGCGCAAGGUUCGCUGCAUACGGACUCCUCCCGACGCGGCAGCUUGUCGAAGCUGCGAAGACCGAGGAACGAUAUGUGUGCCCCAUGUCAGCAGUCCUCGACCAAUUCGGGAACAGAGAUUACCUUCGCGGUACCGGAUAGCUCAGCUAGAAUCGGAAGUGACCAAAUUACGAGAAGCCGUACGCGGUAUUCAACAGAACCUGGGAUACCGACCACCAGCCGUGUCGGAUUCAGCUGUCGCUGACUCAGGGUCGACCGUCGACACCCAUGACCAUGACUCCGACGAUGACUCGAGUGUCUCCGAUGUACUUGCAGCAGAGCAACCUGCCCAUCUGCGAUCACUGUUCCACAACGAGUGGCUCAGUCUAGACACGCCAGACAAAGAUGAUCCGCUCACAAACAGCAAGGCAAAGGCCUCUGUCCACUUAUUGGACAUCGCAAGGCAAGCACUGCGAAAGUUGAUUCCAUCUUUGGAUGAAAUUGCCAAACAUGCCAAUUCAGGAUCCGGGUGGCUUGUGUUGGUGCAAGCUUUGCUCCCGAUGCCGUUUGCAGUCAAGUCUUACCAGGAGAUACUUGAACACCACCACAUCAUGCAACAGCCCGAUGUCGAUCCGAUCGAUCUGGCUUCAUGGUUACUCGACUUUGCUGUUAUUUCCCUGCAAAGUGGACAGGAGCAGCCACCUCUUAGUCCCGCCGCCUCGCCCCAGAACGGUCACGGAGGUUCACCCUUCUCCCGAGCAGUAUCUGACACAGUUGAUGCGACCAUUCUGUCCCAUCAUCGACUCGCAGGCUCAAUUCGUGGCUUGGGCAUGGCAGUCCGUCUCAUUCGACUUCAAUUGUGCCAGGGAAAGUUCGAAAAAGUGUGGCUUCGACUGCGGCAUGUCAUCGCAAUUGCGGAGCUUGUAGGAAUCCCCAUGGCGGCACGAGCGGCUCAGCGCGUUGUAGGGAGCGGAGCUGCGGAUGCCAGCCAGCUUGAAAGCGCUCAGCUGUGGGAGAUGUUAUGUUCUAUCGAUAGGAUCUUGGCCAUGAUCCUCAAUCUGCCACCGGGCACCUGGCGUUUUCAACAUACCGCCAGAGAGGAACUGGUGGUCGACGGGGUGGUCCAAGUCCACGCCUACCUGACCAAGUUGACCGAUAUCGCCUGCAGACUGCAGUCUUUGGACGACCUUAGCACAGCAGAAGGCUCGAUUGCCGACGUAUACGCGUCAGCCUUGGAGCUCGACAGGGAGCUGAGAGUUCUUGCAUCUCACACGCCAAAGUCCUGGUGGGACGAAGAUCCGGGGAAUGUCAGACCAGAGCAUAUAGUCCAGCAUCUGCAUUUCUACAUCAUGAUGCGGGUGCACUUGCCCUUCACUAUGCGAGGAAAUCCGGAUGACGAAUACGUCUUCAGCCGACUCGCUUGUUUGGAUGCAUGCGAAACCGUGGCGCGCCGCUAUCAAUUAGUCCGGCGGGUCUUUCCUUCAGGCAUGUUUCUUUCUCGGAUACUGGAUUUGCAGGCGUUUACUGCCACGGUUGUUCUCAUCUUGAUGUCCCAUAGCUAUCCCUCCACAGGUCGACUCGACAUGCAAGCCAACAAGGCCCGGGUUGAAGCCAGAGUUCUGGAAGUGAUCAAUCUGUUGGAAGAAAAGUGUCGAGACUCACCCGGGUCCAGCUUGACACAACGUGGCCUCGUUACCAUUCGAUCACUAUAUACAUUACUUCAGCAAGAUUGGCAGGGCUCCGACGUCCAGCAAUUGAGAUUGAAAGUACCGCUUCUUGGAACCGUUCAUGUUCGACGCAAUGAACAGGGAGCGCCGGCAUCAGAAGCACACCUUCCGCAGGCAUUGCAAGCUCCGAUGGAUUCAGCCUUAGGAAUGAUGGAUCAGCAGUUCAAUGCGCAGUCCAACGGGACUUCUGCUGUCGUCCACGGUGCCCCUUGGCCCGCCACCACCCAGCCUCAGGCUGAUUGGUCUCAGAAUCCUUUCUCCUGGUCCAUCGAGGAGGACUACCGGAAUUACUUCCAAGAUGCUCUCAUGGCCGAGGAUUCUGACCAGUUUCUGAUGUGGCAGUCAGGCACAAAUACCUUUCCUAUGCAAUAA